AUGAAGGACUUCUCGUUCUGCUCUCCCAAUGAAUCGAGCAACGACGGCUCAAUACCCAAAUCUGCCGAGCGCUCGCACUGUGCGGCUCCUGGUGUUCCUCCUCUCCUCCUUCCGGAGGACAUGACCUACAAAGCUCCAGACUUCCGGAGAGGCCUGCUCCCACAACUCCUCCCUGAGCCUUGCACCCAGUCACAUGGCUCUCACCAGGGACGUGCACGUGGAAACACGUUGCCUGAGGAUGGAGGAACCCUCCCAGCUUUACGCGGUGGAGACUGCGGACCAGAGUGUGUUCAGGAGAACACAGCUACUCGUGUGUUCACUGGCACUCACUCUGGCUAUGGUACAAGGUCUGGCUGGAUUCUUGCAUCUGAGACUGCUCUGUCUCUCUCUGUCUCCGUGCUGAAGAGAAAAACACUGCUGGUGUUGCUCUAUUCCUGCUCAUCACUUUAUUUCACUGUUAUUCAUGCGCGCAGUUCUGAUACAAUCCUUGCAAACAAGGAUUCAUGGCUGAAACUCCGACCUACCGAGGAUGCCUGGGAAAGGCAAAAAGAAGCCAGGGAAGAAAGGAAGUCACCGCACUCCCACAGCACGUGCAGUGGUGCAGAAGCAGGGGAGUCAUACGGAACCGCGGCGGGUGACCGGGACUGGUACAACAAUUUCCAGUCCUCGGAGUCAGACUACUGUCCAGCCGAGAGACCUUCCCUCAUCCUGGCCUCGCUUCAUGGAACCACAAGGAGGGAGGAACCUGCUGAACAAUUUUGGGGGGGCCCUGUGCAUAGUCCAGGAUCGGACAUUGCAGAGUCCUAUGGAGACCAGCUGGACCAUGAGAACCGGCACUCAGAAAUGGACUCUGCUGGGUCCUACGACCCCUGCCUGUACAAUUAUUGGGGCUACACAGAUUAUGGAGAGACAGGGGAGUGUAGCGAUGUCUGUCUGCGGUUGGAUAUGGGUUCCGAUCGGGAGGAGGACACUCCAAUGGAGGUAGAAGAGGACCCUCAUAGGGAUGUUCCCUCCCACAGCGACGGCAAAAGCUCCGAGAGCAAUGAGCCUCCAGCACCUAAGGCACCGCACAGGGCCCGCCACCCAGGAGCCGGCAGAAUGGCCCGGGUGGCUAGCAGGGAGGCAUCCUCGUCAGAGGAGGCAAAGAGCCCCAGAGCGCAUGCACCUACGCCGUAGCCUCAUGGAGGCAAAAAGGCAGCGGCACCAGUGCGAACACCGGACCCGGGCUACAUAGCUGGUGCGCUGAAACCAGGACAGUCGCUGCCAGGCCGGUCCGUCUCCGACCCGGCCGACGACUGGGGGACUGGCUGGGGGUCCUUCCCCGUUCUGCGGACUAUUGAAUGUGUGUGGUGGUGUUCAUGAGCCUGUCCCUGUCACUCUCUGUCCUGAUUACGCUAAAUGUUCCGGUCACUUUGUUCCCCUUUCUGUCUGUAUCUGUGCCCGUUAGUGUGUGCGUCUCUGUCUGUCAUCGUCUUGGUCCCUGUCCUUCCCCAACUGCCCUGCUUGCGCUGACCCGUGGCGGGUUGUCUGGUCCUCCAACGUCGCCUUUUGGCGUUGGUCUCGGGGCCGCAGCCCGAUAGGCUGGC